UGGACGACCGACGAACUCCGGACGAAGUGACGAACCGACUGAAGCAGGGUCAAGCAGCGAACUUGCCGCGUGCCGCCGGUGCCCGGUGCUGAGUUGCCGCCGUGCCGGAGACGUGAGCAGCAGGCAACAGCGACCGAGCGGCGCGCCGAGCCGGUCAGCCGGAGCCGCCUCUUCCUCUACCCGACCGCCUCUUCCUCUGCCCGACCAGGUUUUGUGAUGGAUCGCAUGUCCUUUAUGAAGAGGGCACAACUCAAAGCGGCCGAGGAGCUGAAGGCCCAACAGCCUGGUGCUUCCCCUGCGGCCAAGCCCCCGGUACAGCCGAAGAAGAAGCGGCAGGCCGAUGAGGGCCAAAAAAAGUUGACCGAGGUGGGACUGAAGCCUCCCAAGAAGUCAAAGAGGGCUUCCUCUGCCGGUGAUGUUGGGACGUCGGCUGUUCCCUCUGGGGACGGAGGGGGUUCAAACACUGAUGCUUUGGUGGACCACCCUUCGGGCCCUUCGUCCACCACUCUCUCCACUGUUCUUGCUGCCGUAAUGGCCGCCCGGAAGAAAGGGUCCGGUCGAGAGCUGGUCAGAGGGACCUACAAACUCGAGGUGGAGUACCCUGUCAAAUGGGGGCUGUUCAACGAGAUUGUUGACGGCCACGAGGCGAUUUCUCAAUCUAUCCCUGACGAAGACCGG